AUGAAAGGCACUCAUUUUCGCCGACUACAUCAGGGUCUAUUCCAAGGAAACCUAAAUCAUUUUAGAGAAUACCAUAAUGUGCAAGAAGAAAAAGUUAAUCUACCGAGAUUAAAGUUGAGAGGGUUACCUUUUGACGCUACAGUAGAUGAAAUAAAAGCAUUUUUCAAAGAUUUCAGAUUGACAAAUCAAACAUGUCCACCAAUUCAUAUAAUCAAGGGGUUUAAAAACAAACCCACCGGUCAAGCACAUGUUUAUUUUGAUGAUGAGGAAGAGGCUAGAAAUGCUUGUGAAACCCUGAAUCGAAAGUUUUUACGAAAUAGAUAUAUAGAAAUAUACACUGACUACAUUUUUAAUCACAAUUUAACACCUGUUAAGGAACACGUCACAACAUUGAUGAGAGAUCGUUACAGAAAAGACAACCAGUAA